AGGGGAUGGGGGCCACUCCCCACCACUGAGAAAGGUAGAUCAUCAGGCUCUGACUGACUCCAAAGCCCAUACUCCAACCCUCUCAAGUCUAGGCUCCAGGUGGGUGCCUGCUCUGUCCUCCACCCCACCACCCUAGAGACACCCCCAGGCACUUCCACAGCAGAGCCUCCAGCCUUCAGCUGGCAGCUGCUAGGACCCAGGGGGCUGGCGCCAGGCCCUGCCCCUCCCUUGCCAGCCCUGUGUGGCAACAUCAGAGUGACAGCCAGUACCAUCUCCGACAGGGGCUGAGUUGCUGGAGCUGGACUGGGGCAGGGGAGAGAGACGCCAGACUCAUCCUUGCACCCCUCCAUGGGGCUGGCCAAGCCCCCGAGAGGAUGGCGGCCUGGGCGUCGGAGCCACCUCCUGGGCAGCCAAUGAGCGCAGGGUGAAGCCUGAGAGCCCAAAUGGCCAACUCCACAGGGCUGAACACCUCGGAAGUCGCAGGCUCGGUGGCGUUGAUCCUGGCAGCUGUCGUGGAGGUGGGGGCACUGCUGGGCAACGGUGCGCUGCUGGUCGUGGUGCUGCGAACGCCGGGACUGCGCGACGCGCUCUACCUGGUGCACCUGUGCGUCGUGGACCUGCUGGCGGCCGCUUCCAUCAUGCCGCUGGGCCUGCUGGCCGCACCCCCGCCGGGGCUGGGCCGCGUGCGCCUGGGCCCCGCGCCGUGCCGGGCCGCGCGCUUCCUCUCCGCAGCUCUGCUGCCGGCCUGCACGCUCGGUGUGGCUGCACUUGGCCUGGCGCGCUACCGCCUCAUCGUGCACCCGCUGCGGCCAGGCUCGCGGCCGCCGCCUGUGCUCGUGCUCACCGCUGUAUGGGCCGCGGCCGGGCUGCUGGGCGCGCUCUCCUUGCUCGGGCCGCCGCCCGCGCCGCCCCCAGCUCCUGCUCGCUGCUCGGUCCUGGCGGGGGGCCUCGGGCCCUUCCGGCCGCUCUGGGCGCUGCUGGCCUUCGCGCUGCCCGCCCUCCUACUGCUCGGCGCCUAUGGCGGCAUCUUCGUGGUGGCGCGUCGCGCUGCCCUGAAGCCCCCACGGCCGGCACGGGGGUCCCGGCUCCGCUCGGACUCUCUGGAUAGCCGCCUUUCCAUCUUGCCGCCCCUCCGGCCUCGCCUGCCCGGGGGCAAGGCAGCCCUGGCCCCAGCGCUGGCCGUGGGCCAAUUUGCAGCCUGCUGGCUGCCUUAUGGCUGCGCGUGCCUGGCACCCGCAGCGCGGGCCGCGGAAGCCGAGGCGGCUGUCACCUGGGUCGCCUACUCGGCCUUCGCGGCUCACCCUUUCCUGUAUGGCCUGCUGCAGCGCCCCGUGCGCUUGGCACUGGGCCGCCUCACUCGCCGUGCACUGCCUGGACCUCCGCGGGCCUGCACUCCGCAAGCCUGGCACCCGCGGGCACUCCUGCGAUGCCUCCAGAGACCCCCGGAGGGCCCAAAUGUAGGCCCUUCUGAGGCGCCAGAACAGACCCCCGAGUUGGCUGGAGUUCGGUGCCCCAGCAUGCCAGGGGCCACCUGAGAGCUCUCUCUCCUGAGCAGGAGAAAAAAGGGUGGUUUCCAUGGGGGCUCAUCCAGCCCUUGCACAGGUGCCCUGCUGGACAUCUGGCACUGGAACAGGAGGAGAAAGGAUGUCUGCAGCCUGGUGAGGCCCAUGGACUUCUGAGAGCCAGGAAUGCUGGGGUCUGGACCCAGCACUGCAUAGCGUUGUGCACAGGCCGACCCUUUCUUAGGCUUUCUCAUCUGCACCCUGCAGCAUCUCUAAGGGCCCCUCCAGCAUAGGUGGUUUGUGAAACUCACAGGUAGUCCUCAGGCCAAGGUAGGCAGGUGUCACAGAGAAGGGGGCCCUAAGGGCUCACAACCAAAGUGACCCGCCAAGCAGGACAGGAUCUGGGUUAUAGCUGCAGUAGCAAGAACCACUGGAGAGACCCUCAGGACUUCCCUGACAUCUGCACCAAGGAAAGUCUGGACAAAGCUACUGAAACUCCUCCAUCUGCUUCUAAAAUGCCCAGAAGACAACUGGACCAGUUUGGUGUUAGAAGCAGGAGGCGGGAUGACUUGACCCUCUAAGGGUCCUGAAGCCGCAGAACUGGCAUGUGGAAGGCGCUGAGGCCUAACUGAGGUUGGUGGAUUCACACAUGGGGGUCCUCCAGAACCUCAGCUGCACCCAUUUUCUAGAGGUUUUCCCGCCCACAACACCAGUAUUUCACAACUUCGUGGUCGCUGAGAAUAUUUAUUCAAAAAACAGGGAUUGAAAAAACUGUA